AUGUCACAUAAUGGGGUAGGUUUAAAAACUGCAAAAGGGUCUUCCACAUCGGGUCAUAUCCAACGUUCUUUAGCUCAUAAUGAGUAUAAUAAUAAGAAUUAUACAAAAAGAGCACAAGAGGCUAAACAAAAGCCAAAAACUCGUGCUGUUGUGAAACCAUCUAUUAAAGACGCCAAGUUGAAAAUUCAUCAAGAUAAGCGUUCUAUCCAAUUACAAGUUUCUGAGUAUAGAGAUCAUUUAGAAGACUCUACAGAUUUGACUGACCAAGAUAUCGAUCACAAAUGCCAGUUGUUCAAAGAAAAACUUCAAAACGAACAUAAAGAAUUGAAACGAGUUGAAAGUUUGUAUACAUCAAGAAAAGAGCGUCUUAAGGAGCCUCAAAAAAUUAAGAAGGAAGAUGAAAGUUGA